GUUGGAGCGGGCGAUGGAUGUGUGGUUCGAGGGUCUCUCCUGCACCUCAUCGCAGAACGGACGGCGUAUCCUGGACAACGUUAGCGGCCGCUUCCUGUCAGGAGAACUAACGGCCAUACUAGGACCUUCAGGUGCAGGCAAGACAACAUUGCUCAAUGCCAUAUCAGGAUACAGGAGAGUUGGUAUCAGCGGCGAGAUGGCCGAGGGGAUGCGGGAAUCAGGCUGCUACAUCGGCCAAAUCGACCUUCUGGCAGAAAUGGUCACUGCCGGUGAGCUGAUGGAGUUCGCUACCACACUCAAGCUUCCGGACACAACACCGAAACAGAGGACUACGAUAGUAGAGGAAAAUUUGGCCAAGCUGGGAAUGGGGGAGUGCUACAACACGAGGACCGAGCGGCUGUCGGGCGGCCAGAGGAGGCGCCUGUCCAUAGCCCUCGAGCUGGUCAACGAUCCUCCUGUCCUCUUCUUGGAUGAACCAACCAGUGGACUAGACAACGUCUCCACAGGGCAGAUGAUACGACUUCUGAGAGAACUCUCCAGAGCUGGAAGGACCAUAGUCUGCACGAUACAUCAGCCUUCAGCUUCGCUCUUCGACCUCUUCGACAGGGUGUACUUCCUGGCAGCAGGGAAAUGUGUGUACCAAGGAGGUGCUGGCCACCACCUUAUCGACUACCUCGCUGCCCACAACUUCGUCUGCCCUAUACACUACAAUCCCGCAGAUUUUGUUAUUGAAGUAACAGAAGACUUUCUGAACAUACAAGAAUUGUGUAAGGCAUCGAAAAAUGGCAAAAUCAGUUGGUACUGUAAAACAGACGGUUCGAAUAAACCUCAAGUCCUGAUAAAAAAACAAGAGGGGAUGAAAAAGAAGAGGUUUUCCAAAUUCAAGCUGUUCCGGGAUUCAAGAUCUCAUUCACAUUUCUGGCUCCAGUUCUGGGCAAUUUUCUACAGACUAACGCUCCAGUUAAACAGGAAUAAGAUCGGCAUCUACAUUCAAAUUUUCCAUCACGUCGCCUGCAGUGUUAUCAUCGGUGUCCUCUUCUACGAUUGCGGUAACGAUGGUGACGACCCAUUCAAUCUGGUGAAGUUCUACAUGACAGUUAUCGUCUUCUAUACCUACACACAGUCUAUUAUAUCUAUUCUACAAUAUCCUUUUGAAAGAAAGCUGGUGAAGAGGGAACACUUCAACCAAUGGUAUUCACUCUUUCCAUACUACGCAGCGUACACAGUAACCAAAGCUUGUUACAUGCUCCCCUUACUCCUUAUGUUCGUGGCUACAUCCUACGGUUUAUCAGGACAUCAAUGGGAACUUGGAAGAUUCCUACUGUUCUUGAUGGUGGGUGUUUUAACUUCAUCUACAGCUGAAUCUCUAGGAUUAAUUAUAGGAACAAUCUUUAACGUCACGAAUGGCUCCAUCGUUGGACCGAUGACCUUGACCCCAAUUUUCGGCUUCGCCAUCUACGGCAUCGACUUCUCCAGGACGAUAGAUCCUUUCAUGAGCCUCCUGUUGAGGACGUCCUUCAUGAGGUCAGCUAGGACCCUGCUCUUCUUGGUCGGCUACGGUUUAGGAAGAGGAAAGUUGGAGUGCUCUAUGGACACCUCGCAUUGCAUCUUCAACGAUCCACGGGUCUUCAUAUACCAACUCAACCUGGAACAUGUUACCCUAUGGUACGCCAUCGCGGAUCUCUUCCUUCAAGCUCUACUCUACAGGAUUGCUUUUUACUUGGUUUUGAAGUGGAAGAUGAGGAGUUGAGAAAAACUGCUGACGAAAUUGCC